AUGACAUCGCAGCAUCCUGCGUCGCUACCAGCGGCCAAACAGCCUCCAGCCUCCAGUCCAGCAGGGCAGAGCACAGAAGAGCAGAACAUUGACUGCGUCGCUUUAGCAUGCGCCAUCUGCUCCAAUACCGUUGCUGUCGCGCUCAUCUUCUCUGCGUUUCGGCGCAAUCUCUCGGAUCAUGACCGGCUCGUGAGGCUGGCCGCUUCAGCCGCCCUUACCCUGACGGUCCAUGCUCUGCUCCUGAUAUACUCGCCGCCUGCAGAGCAGAGACUCUCGUCUCUGAUCCUCUGUUUUAUUGCUGGUCCGAUGUGCGUUUAUCUGCCGUUCCUGCUGCUUUGGUAA